ACUUUAGCCUAAAGGUCCAGGUCUCCUCCCCUUUUUUUAUUACUUUGUACCCAAAGAACUUGGUUGAUCUUUUGUCAACAAUUUGAUUAUUGAAUAAAUACACCAAACUAAUCUUAACUAGGUGGUAAACUUUCAGAAUAUUACUUUAAAGUCCUAGGUUUAGUAAGUUUUUCUUCUAGAAGGUGGUGGUGUGGGUUUUUUUCUCAGCUGGUUUAACUGAUUGCUCUUUUAUAAAGCUGCUUAACCUAACUGUUUGCGGGGAAAAGGCAGGAAUGUAAAAACCCAGAAUUUUAAAGAUUGUGAGGUUUGUGUGGAAAGCAGAGAAGUGGUUUUUUAAUAAUUUAAACUUGUGCGUUUUCUUUUGAUCAGGUCGGAGUGAUCGACUUUUCCCUCUACCUUAAGGAUAUGCAGGAUCUUGACGGUGGCAAAGAGCAUGAAAGAAUUACUGAUGUCCUUGAUCAAAAAAAUUAUGUGGAAGAGCUGAACCGGCACUUAAGUUGCACAGUUGGGGAUCUCCAAACCAAGAUAGAUGCCUUGGAAAAGACCAAUUCAAAGCUUCAAGAAGAGCUUUCAGCUGCAACAGACCGGAUUUUUUCACUUCAAGAAGAACAGCAACAGUUAAGAGAACAAAAUGAAUUAAUUCGUGAAAGAAGUGAGAAGCAUGUGGAGAUAACAAAACAGGACACAAGAGUUGAGCUGGAGACUUACAAGCAGACUCGGCAGGGCCUGGACGAGAUGUACAGCGACGUGUGGAAGCAGCUGAAGGAGGAGAAGAAGGUCCACCUGGAACUAGAAAAGGAACUGGAGUUACAAAUUGGGAUGAAAACCGAAAUGGAAAUUGCAAUGAAGUUGUUAGAAAAGGACACCCACGAGAAACAGGACACCCUUGUCGCCCUCCGCCAGCAGCUGGAAGAAGUGAAAGCGAUCAAUUUGCAAAUGUUCCACAAAGUUCAGGAUACAGAGAGCAGCUUACAGCAAAAGAAUGAAGUCAUCACAUCUUUUGAAGAAAAAAUCAAUCAAGUUAUGUCCAACAUGAAACAGAUGGAAGAAAGGUUACAGCACUCAGAGAGAGCACGGCAGGGCGCCGAGGAGCGGAGCCACCAGCUGCAGCAGGAGCUGGGCUGCAGGACCCGUGGGCUGCAGGAGCAGCUCUCCCAGCUGCACAGCCAGUGCUCAAGUCUAGAGAAAGAGUUGAAGUCAGAAAAAGAGCAAAGGCAAGCUCUUCAACGAGAGUUGCAGUGUGAGAAGGAUACCUCCUCUCUCCUCCGAGCAGAGCUACAGCAAGUAGAAGGAUUAACAAAGGAGCUGCGAGAGCUCCAGAACGAGAAGGCAGAGCUACAGAAGGUUUGCGAUGAGCAAGAACAAGCCCUCCAGGAAAUGGGACUGCACCUCAGCCAGUCAAAGCUGAAGAUGGAAGACAUCAAAGAAGUAAAUAAGGCACUGAAGGGCCACACUUGGCUGAAAGAUGAUGAAGCUACUCACUGUAAGCAGUGUGAGAAGGAGUUCUCCAUCUCCCGGAGAAAGGUAUGUGGGCUGGCCACCUCUGUGAGCCCAGGGGCCGGGUUGGUGCCCCGCUUGGGCUCCCCUUCCUCUGGUUCUGGGAAAAGCCCUUGGGACUUGGCCUACCUCACUGUGGUCAUGCACUGGUGUUCCGGCCCAUCCAGACUGUCCCUUUCUGGGGGUACCCUGACCAGUCAUAGGCCUUGUCCCAGCACAGUCCUUUCAAUGACUGGCAGAUUUGGGAGUUGGGCUGGUUGUGUACAAGACUGGUCUAGGUGAAUGUAUCAUUGAAAAUUCUUUGUAAACAACAGGACCAAAAUCUGUCAGAAGAAAGAUCUGUGGAGAACCUAUGAGCAGCAGGUCUUGGGACAGGCAUCUAAGUAGCACCAAAAGUUCACAGGCCAUCUGGGCAGGGCACCUGGUCCUGGUGAACCUGUUUCUCUGCCUGCCUUCAGGCCCAGCCUUUGGUCCAGGAUCAGCAGGACCAUGAUUGACCAGUUGGGUGGGACAGCUGCAGGGUGUAGAUGCUCAGGCAGUAUUGGGAGCCCUCACUAAAUGGGGGCAUGCCUGCCACAGUGGCACCACCUCCCCACCUGCUGCCCUGUGGAUGCAGUCUCAUCUGCCCCCAUUAGAACCCUCAGUGGCAGAGGAAGCGAGACUCCCACAUUCUAGUGAGAACAAGCAGCAGCCUCCUGAGGCUGCCUUUGAGAUCACACUUGUUCACAAGGCCUGCUACACGUUGGGCCUCCACAGGCCUGGCUCUCCCUACACCAGCUCAAGGUCCAUCUUCUAGCCUGAUGGGGGUGGCCAGUUGGCAGAAGUGAUGUAUAGAGCCAGAAGGAGCAGAGGCCACACAGGUCCUGGUCUUGGCAUCUGCCCUAUUCCCAAGGUUUGUGGCAGCUCUUCUUAAAAAGCAAGACACUCCCCUCCCUCCCCCAAGAGGGACCAGGAAAGUAGCCUUGGGUCAGCACCAGGAACGCAGUAGUCACGGGACCAGUAAAACACAUUUUAAAGAAAAAGAACCUUACUCCUGCAAGUGCACACCCCAACACUCCAUGGAUUUUACAGGAACAUAAAUGUAGAAACAAAGGUCUGGAGGAACCCCUUCCAAAUUGGUACAUCUCGGAGGGCGGGCUCUGGUAGUAAGUGAACUCUGAAAGCUGAAAGGGAGCACAGCGUGUCCCGUGACUGCCUCUUUUCUGUCUGCUAGCACCACUGCCGAAACUGUGGCCACAUCUUCUGCAACACGUGCUCCAGUAACGAGCUGGCCCUGCCCUCCUAC